GAAUGGCCAGUCAUAAUGAUGGGAUCCAGCUUGGUUGGCAUGAUCAUGGGCUUACUUCUGGGUCACUGGGGGGUUAAAAGUACUUCCUUCGACCGCCAUGCCACGAUCCUGUCCCACCCACGUGCGACGGGUCUGAAUUUCCGGACUUCAGAAAUCCUUCGACAGAUAAAUUUGGAGAAGGUCUGUCAGGCAGAAAGCGUCCGUGAAUUCGAUAUCGAUUCCGGACUACUCGUUGUUGAAAAGCUCAUCGGCGGUAAGGUAAUCCAACAAGUCCAAGAACAUGAUCCUAAAAGAGAUGCGGAGGUGACUCCGUCCAAUUGGCUUUGGAUGAAUCAGGCCAUGUUGGAACCUAUCUUGCUGGAGUACGCACCCAGGUUUGGAUACACCCCGCAGUACGAAACGAAAAUAGUCCAUUAUGAAGAGAAAACAGAUGGUGUCAUUGUUGUCGUUCAAGAGCUCCGUACGCAGAAAUACAAGAAAUACAAGACACAAUAUCUUGUUGCUUGUGAUGGCAAUCGGAGCUCUACUCGCAGAAAAGAGGGUAUUGAAUUGAGCGGACAUGGGAUUCUCAGCAGCAGUCUCAAUAUCAGAUUCAAAGCUGAUAUUAAACGACUCUUGGGAUCACGCAGCCGACAUGGAGUCAUGUACAUCACAACACCUCACAUUACCGGUGCGUUCCGCCAGGAAAACCGUGGCGAAGGAGGACUCCUAUGGAUAAACAGUAUCGAUGGGAAAACAGAGUUUCCUCCCGGCUCCGUGACAGAGGAGGAUGCCAAGCGCUAUGUCAACGAGUGCGGUGGUUUUAGGGAGGGAGAUAUGGAGCUGUUGUCCUUUGCUCACUGGACACUGGCAUCAUACAUAGCAGAAAGGUUUACGUCUAAAGGAGGUCGAGUUCUUCUUGCAGGAGAUGCUGUUCAUAUAAUGCCGCCGACAGGUGCACUCGGGGGAAAUACCGGGAUAAAUGAUGCGCACAAUCUUGCUUGGAAGUUGGCAUAUGUUAUAACCGGGAGAGCGUCACCUUCGUUGUUGCGCAGUUAUGAGGCGGAGCGAAAGCCCGUAGACGCUUUCGUUGUUGACCAAGCCACCCGUCGCUUCCGGAAUCGGAUCAUGAACACGAUACCUCGAGUACCAGAAGAACCAUAUUACACCGUCGAGUUUGGAUGCCGCUAUAAUGCUGGAGCCAUCAUACCGGCAGAGUGCGAUACAUUUGACAAGGAUUACGAAGAUCCACAUACACCUAGUGGCUCUGCAGGUUCUAGGUUUCCUCACAUCCCCCUCGAGUGUCAAGGUGGGACACACAUCUCGAGUCUCGACUUGAUCAAGCAGAACUUUGUUCUCGUGGCUGCUGAAACUGCCUCUCCAUGGCUCCUCGCUGCCAAGAAUCUCAGUUUCCAGAUUGACAGUUAUGCUUUACACGAAACAUCUCAGCCGUAUCGUGACUAUAGCGGAAUGUUGAGAAACAAGGGUAGAUUAGGUACGGGUAUGGCGUUGCUCAUUAGGCCUGAUGGUUUCAUUGCGUGGAAGGCCGAAGAUACAUCUUCUGGCCAUAAAGAAUUGCUGCGGAAAGCAAUGGGGCGACUGCUGGGAAAAAGCAUUCAGUGAAUGUUAUUUUUUUUUUUUUUUUUUGAUCUGGCAAGUUGUUGGCAUCUACCUGUUGUAUCCUAAGGAUCUUAAGCUUCA